CCUGCACCUGAGCCGAACUUACUACAACCAGAAAGUCGCUUCCGCAUUUCAACACCAACGAUGGCAGGCAGUCAGAUGCUCUUUGCUAACUUCAACCAGGACUUUUCCUGCAUCUCGAUAGGGACGCGAAAGGGGUACACUAUCACUAAUUGCGAUCCAUUUGGACGAGUUUACACCAAGAAUGACGGGGCCAAAGGCAUCGUGGAGAUGUUGUUUUGUACAUCUCUUAUCGCGUUGGUUGGCGCUGCGGAUCAGCCCCAAUCCAGUCCACGCAAGCUCCAAAUAGUCAAUACCAAACGUCAAUCCAUGAUUUGUGAAUUAUUAUUUCCGUCUUCCAUUCUCGCCGUCAAGCUUAAUCGGAAAACGCUCGUCGUUGUUCUCGAGACAGAAAUUUACAUCUACGACAUAAGUAACAUGCGCCUGCUACACGUUAUCGACACGACCAAGAACCCAGACGCAAUUUGUGCCCUCUCUCCUUCUUCUGACCCCUCUUACCUUGCCUACCCAUCUCCUGUUCCCUCUCCGACAUCUCCACUCUCCACUCACCCGCAGACACGCUCGACACAGGCAGGAUCAGGCUCGCUCUCAGGGGAUGUUCUCCUAUUUGACACACGGACCCUCACCGUUGUCAAUGUCAUCCAAGCUCACAAAUCGCCCAUAUCCCACCUUGCCAUCAAUUCUACCGGGACUCUCCUAGCUACUUCAUCGGAUAAAGGAACUGUCAUCCGUGUUUUCGCUAUACCAAGCGCCGAGAAGCUUUACCAAUUUAGGCGGGGGACACGAGAGGCGAAGAUACAUUCAAUAUCGUUCAAUGCCGUCUCGAGCUUGCUAGCCGUUAGUUCCGGAACUGAUACUGUUCAUAUUUUCCGAUUGGCCGGCCAGAAGAUGAAUGACAAGAAGGCCGGUGGCCCAUCGAGUCCUGGAGGUUCCGUGGAUAGCCAGGACAAUAGAAGCCAAAAUGGGAUAGAAGGGGGCUAUGAGGCGUAUAUAGAGAAGAAGAAAGAGAGCAACAUGGGAUUAUCAUUAAGGCGAAAAUCCUUGGGCAUGGCUCGCGGACUAGCUGGUGGCGUCGGCGGCUACCUGCCGAAUUCUCUGACGGAGAUGUGGGAACCAUCCCGAGACUUUGCGUAUCUCAAACUGCCAACCUCAGGGAUACGAUGUUUGGUGGCAAUUAGCCCGAACAUGCCUCAUGUCAUGGUGGUUUCCUCCGAAGGGUAUUUCUACUCGUAUAACAUUGACCUGGAGAAUGGAGGUGAAUGCUCACUGAUGAAGCAAUACAACCUACUCGAUUCUGAUGCGGACUCCACUGACUGAACCGGAUUAUUUGCUUUUGGCCUGUUACAUAUGUUUACUCGUAAUCGUUGAGAUGUUGGAUUAGUUUUGUUCCUACUAGAACCGUUCGCUUCAAGCUGUCCUUCGAUAUAAUGUGUCCGUGCGUAGAAAACUCCUAUCGAAUGCUGGAGAAACUAGAGUACCGGUAACGGUGGG